CCUCACGCUUGAAGAGAGAGAGAGACCGAAUCGAUUCCUCUCUAUCGUUUUCUCUCUUAAACAAAGGAAAUCAAGAGGAAUUCUCUAGCAUCUGCUUGAAGAGUCAUGGCAGCGGUUUCGAUUCACCAGUUCGCACCGUGCAUUACUUGCCAUGCUUGGAGCCCUGAUUACACCAUGGUUGCAUUUUGUCCAAACAAUAAUGAGGUUCAUAUCUAUAGAUCUUUGCAUGACAAGUGGGAGAGAGUACAUGUUCUUCAGAAGCAUGAUCAAAUUAUUUCUGGAAUAGACUGGAGCGCAAGGUCAAAUAAAAUUGUUACUGUAUCACAUGAUCGGAACUCCUAUGUUUGGAACCAAGAAGCAUCUGAAUGGGUUCCAACCCUUGUCAUCCUCAGGCUGAACCGUGCUGCUCUUUGUGUUCAGUGGAGUCCUAAAGAAAACAAGUUUGCUGUUGGAAGUGGUGCCAAAACUGUUUGUAUCUGCUACUAUGAGCAGGAGAAUAACUGGUGGGUUAGUAAACUUAUCAGGAAAAAGCAUAAUUCAUCAGUGACCAGUGUUGCCUGGCAUCCAAACAAUAUUCUUCUUGCAACUACAUCAACUGAUGGAAAAUGUCGAGUUUUCUCCACUUUCAUCAAGGGCGUGGAUUCAAGGGAUUCAGGAACGGGCCAUCCUGGCGAUUCAAAAUUUGGAGAGCAGCAAAUUGUGCAACUUGAUCUCUCAUUUAGUUGGGCAUUUGGUGUAAAGUGGUCCCCAAGUGGCAAUACCUUAGCUUACUCUGGUCACAAUUCAAUGAUCUACUUUGUUGAUGACAUUGGUCCAUCUCCUUCCGCCCAAAAUGUGGCAUUCCAUGAUUUGCCUCUCCGUGAUGUUCUAUUUGUUUCUGAGAGGAUGGUUAUCGGUGUGGGAUUUGAUUGCAACCCAAUGGUUUUUACUGCAGAUGAAAGAGGCAUAUGGAGCUUUUUCAGGUUCCUUGAUGAAAGGAAAAUGGCACCAUCAAGUUCAAAAUAUGGCUCACAGUUUUCGGAAGCAUUUGGGAAGUUUUAUGGUCAAUCGAAACAUGGAGUAAGCAAUGAGGCUGUUGAGCCUUCAAGACCUCGGGGAGGUGCUCAUGAGAAUUGCAUUACCUGUAUUGUGCCACUGAAGCAAGCUGGGGAUGGUAUGGUAAAGCGUUUCAGCACUUCAGGGUUGGAUGGUAAAGUGGUGAUAUGGGAUUUGGAAAACUAAGCAGAAUUCUCUGCAACUCUGGUGUUACUUCCCAUUAUACAUGUGCCCGUUAAGGUGCAAUGAGAUCUUUAUUUCAUCCUUAGCUUCCUUGCUAGUCAUACAGAAUUUUUCUAUGAUUUGAAGCGAACACAGGGAUGAGUUUGACUGUAAGGCCUUGAAUCAUGUUUCACAGUGUUUUAGUCGGCAUUGUAAAUGGUGGUUGUUAAAGUUAUUUGUAGAAUAUACUGGACUGUUUGGUAUUAUACACGUACUGUUUUGCUUUUCCCUUUGUU